AUGGCUGCAUUCAAAACCAAAAAUUCAGCCCAAUGGUGGGAGUCAUAUAGCGACGAGCAUCCGGAGCUUCAAGCUUUUGCAACUUGCGUGCUAAGCUUAACUUUUAGUUCAUCUAGAUGUGUUAGAAAUUGGAGUGCUUUCGAAAUGGUUCACACAAAGAGGAGAAGUCUUCUUAAGCAAAAGAUGAUGAAUGAUGUAGUUUUUGUUAUGACCAAUUCAAAAUUGGCCAAGCAGAAAUAA